AUGUCUGAAGUAGUUAUGAUUCUUGAAGGCAAGAGUAAGAUGAAGGCUUCUUCAUUCAACGUCCCUUACUCAGCUGACGAUUUUGCAAAGGCUAAGGCUGUCGCUUGCCUCAUUCCCUACGUUCGUUCUGGCAACAACUGUACAGAAAGGUCAUCAAAUGUUGUUUCUUAUGAUAUUGUGAGUCAAGAUGAAGAUGCAUAUGGCAUUUUCGAAGAUUGUUCCUCUGAGAUGGUGGACAAGACAGAUAGCCUCACUAAUCUCAAUCGCCAAGACAUUCUGAUUUCUUGCUUUCUGAACAACCAUAGUUGUUAUAUUAGACUCUAUGACGUUGUUUGGGAUGUGAUAGAGUAUUUUGUGGUUCAUAUUGGCAUGCUUAAAGGGUUUCCGAAGUCACUCUUACUCUAUUUGCAAUUGUGA